ACUAUAGGCUGCGUAACUGGAGUCAAGCACUGAAGGACUGCAAUACCUCUUCUCGGGCUUGAGGCAGCCCUGGCAUGUUUACAGCUGAACUGACGUUUAUGCAAAAGUCUUUCCCUAAGCGCCUGUCCCUUGAUGUUUGUAAGUACCCUUCUCUGGAAGAAAAAGAAACGUGACACUUUAACACGGGAGCAGUGUUCAGAGCCUACCAUUAGAGAAGAUAAUCUUGGACCAGUCUUCCUUCUGUAUCCACAACAUUAUAAUUAGCAUCAGUCCGUAAUGGUUAUAACCACAGUUUUCUGAGAGGAAAGGAAGUCAUGCUCAGAGCUGGGAGCUGUGCUCAUGUCUCAUCUACCUGGAAAGAAUUGUGAUAGUUGUCACAAGAAGCCUCAGUACACCUGGUCCAGAAAGCCUUACCACCCACCUCCCACCUUCUCCACCCCAGGAUGACCUAUCACUCUCCUUCAGGACCUCAAUGCAGGGCGUUUCCUUCUUAAGCUAACCCUCGACUCCUUGCCUACAUCUAACUUAGCUCACAGGACACACGUACUCUGAAGAGUGUGGGCAAGGGGAACCAGCACUACUGAACCUGAAGAUGGACGUUUUUCGGACUAAUAAAGAUCUAAUUUCUAGAGGUGUAAAGGAAUUUAAUGUUCUGCUGAGUCAGCAGGUCUUUAAUGAACCUCUUGUCUCUGAUGAAGACAUGGAGAUCAUGGUUGGUGACUGGGUGAAGUUGUACCUCAACUAUUACAGGAAGCACAUGACGGGGGAGCAGCAACAGCAAGACAGUGCUCUUCAAGAGCUCCAGCAAGAGCUGAACACUUUAAGCAACCAUUUCCUGGCCAAAUAUAGGGUCUUCCUGGAGUCUCAUGGGCCCUCAGAUUGUGCAGUGCCCUCUUUGUAGCCAAGAGGCACAUGGCUUCCAGUCUAAGAAAUCCUUAGAUCUUGGCAGUGUUCUUCAUUUCCUUGAGCUGUGUUCCUUUACUACUGUACCUUGACACCCCAAUAAACAUCAAUACUGGU